ACUUAUCUCAAGUGUUUCACAAACUAUGGUCACAAUUUAUUUGAGGGUAAAGAUUUUCUUGUGAAGUAAUAAAAAAAAAAAUUGCCUAAAAGGUAAAGUAGCCAGCGUUCGCAAAAAAAAAACUGACAUGUACAUUAAUGUACAUAACCUAAUCCGUGUAUUCGAUAAAAACUAGUUAAUUUGAGUUUUUGUUAAUUUAAAAUACAUUUACAUGUUCUUUUAUUUUUAAAACUUUCAGUAAACCGUGAUUAUUUUUACUUUUCAAAGAGAGUUAAAUUGAUUACUCUUUUUUUAAAACUAUAUAAAAAAAAAUCCUAAAAUUUUGAUUUCCAUUUCCCCUACCUACCUAGAGUAAAAUGGCUAAAAAUACAUCAAAAGUAGGAAAAAAAACGAAUGAGGAAAUCUUUGCUGGUUUCCAAACUCUUCGUAAUGAACAACGUCAAUUAGGGAGUAAAAUAUCAGAAUUACAAAUGGAGUUAAACGAACAUAAGAUCGUAAUUGAGACUUUGCGGGGAGUGGAGUUGACCCGUAAGUGUUUCCGGAUGUUUGGGGGCGUGCUUGUCGAACGCACCGUAGCUGAGGUGUUGCCAGAGCUGAUCAGCAAUUAUGAACAGCUACCUAAGGCCAUCCAGUCCCUAGAAGACCAACUCACUCAGAAGGGAGAGGAGAUCAAUAAAUACAUUGAGGAACAUGAUAUUCGCAUCCAACGUGCUGAUCGCACCAUGCCUGAACCACCUCCAGAGCAAUCCACCUCUACCAAGUCUAAUGUGCUAGUUGCUAGCGGUUAACUAUACUGAUCCUUUCAUUUCAUAUAGCUGUCGCAGUGUAUUGACAGUGAGACUAGUCCUACAUUUGCCUAAAGCAGUGUGAGGUAGUACUGGGAAACUUUUUAUUAUUAACAAUACUAUUACGGUGUGGCUUGAUAAAUUAGUUCUGGCUGAUGUUUAGGGGCAAGGGGGGCAAACAUGGUAUUAUGAAGCAGUACUUUAUGAAUAUGAUGACAAGAAAAGGAAAAUCUAACUGAAUAUCCAUCUCAACCAGAUAAAUAAAUCAUUUUAGUGUGACAAUACUCCAAGACACUUAACCACAUAUUUAAAGAAAGGAAUACUACAGCGAAAACUCCACAGAGAAUAAUUAAUUCCCCAGCUGAAUGUGCUCAAAUAAUGUGGAAUUAAACUCAAUAAACAGUUUUUUCAGGCAGUAGAAUAUGAACCCUUGUCUAGUGGAAAGUAGUAUGAUAAUAAACUUUAAUAAUAAAAUAGAUCUUGAACAACUUUUCAACACUUUUCAUGGAAUAUGUAAUACAAAUGCAGAGAAGCAGUCUCUUUGUCCCAACAAUUAUGAGAAUAGCUUCAUUUAAGAAGUCAAGACAAUAUGGAGUUUUUUGUUGUUGUCCUCACCAUUCUUUAACAAUGUCUAAGGUGACAGUGAUAUAUUUCUAAUCAAAAACAAUAAGCUUUGAAUGUUUAAACUCUAAACAUUAGAGUAAUAUAUGAGAGAAAAAUAAUUUAAAUAGUAAAAUGUUUUCCACAUUGUGCUAUAUGUAUAUUCCCAAUGCUGUCACAGCAUCUGAAGCUCACCUAUGCAGAGUCAAUGUGAUUGGUAGGCAACUGUAAUAAGUAGAAAUAUCACUGAAACCUUGAGAGUAUUGUUUAACUGUGUACAUAGCUUUAAGGUUUACUGCUAUUUUGAAGUGUUUGGCCAGUUAACAAGCCUGAAUGCCUGAAUUUUUCAUUUGCCCUUGCCCAGACGAGCAUACGGCUCACCAUUGCCAGGGGUAGAGCCAACUUACUGCCAACAAUUUGAAUGAUAUACUAUACGCAUGUCCGAGUUCAGAGAUGAACUAUGGCAAUCAGGUAAUAACUUUGUGUAAAAAGUCUCAACUGAAAAGUUAAUAAGUUUGGAUAAUUUAUUACUUGCACCAUACUCUAAGUGAGCAUGGUUAGAUUAUUACCUUAUUUCUAUGGACAACUAUACAAUAUAAUUAAAACUUCCUAUACUCUUAGCAGGAUGGUGACAUUCAUAAUGUUGUCAGAGGUCUGAUAAAAUUUUAAUACCAGGUGGGAUGUCACAAUAAAACAGUGACAACUUUUUCUGUUUCAUCAGGUGAAUUUUAAUAUGAUUAUAAAACAUGAUCAUGGCUAGAUUCAUAUUUGGUUUUAAUUUUUGGAACCUUAAAAUUUAUUGUUACUUAAAAUAAAAAUAGCCAGGAAUAACAAGAAACUUUAUUUUAUAAUAUAGAAAAGAAUAACUAAACAAAAAAAAGUGUACUAAUAUUUAUUUCAUGUAAAGUAAUUUUGUAUAAAAUAUAUUUCUGAAAAAUUCA